CCUGCCUCCAACACGCUUGUGUUUCAAACCCUAACUUCCGGCCCGCUAGCCGGUUCCGGUCCCCGCCUUUCACUUCCGGUCGCUUUCGGUUCCGCUGCUGCCGGUGCCCGCAUCCGCUGCCGCUGUUUCCGCCGCGCUGCAGGUACCAUUUCCUGAAGGAAAGCUAUCUCAUAUGUUUCAAGGAUGGCUCUCCCUAUCAUUGUAAAAUGGGGAGGACAGGAAUAUUCAGUGACCACACUUUCUGAAGAUGACACUGUGCUAGAUCUCAAACAGUUUCUCAAGACUCUUACUGGAGUGCUGCCAGAGCGCCAAAAAUUACUUGGACUCAAAGUUAAAGGCAAACCUGCAGAAAAUGAUGUUAAGCUUGGAGCUCUCAAACUGAAACCAAAUACUAAAAUCAUGAUGAUGGGAACUCGUGAGGAGAGCUUGGAAGAUGUCUUAGGUCCACCUCCUGACAAUGAUGAUGUUGUCAAUGACUUUGAUAUUGAAGAUGAAGUAGUUGAAGUAGAAAAUAGGGAAGAAAACCUACUGAAAAUUUCUCGCAGAGUGAAAGAUUACAAAGUUGAAAUUUUGAAUCCUCCCAGGGAAGGAAAAAAACUUUUGGUACUCGAUGUUGAUUAUACAUUAUUUGACCAUAGGUCUUGUGCAGAGACAGGAGUAGAAUUAAUGCGGCCAUAUCUUCAUGAGUUCUUAACAUCUGCAUAUGAGGAUUAUGACAUUGUUAUAUGGUCUGCAACAAAUAUGAAGUGGAUUGAAGCAAAAAUGAAAGAGCUGGGAGUGAGCACAAAUGCAAAUUAUAAGAUUACCUUCAUGUUGGAUAGUGCUGCUAUGAUAACAGUGCAUACUCCAAGGAGAGGGUUAAUAGAUGUAAAGCCUCUUGGUGUUAUAUGGGGAAAGUUUUCGGAGUUUUACAGCAAAAAAAACACCAUUAUGUUUGAUGACAUAGGAAGAAAUUUUCUAAUGAACCCACAGAAUGGACUAAAGAUAAGGCCUUUUAUGAAAGCACACCUAAAUCGAGAUAAAGACAAAGAACUUUUAAAAUUAACUCAGUACCUCAAGGAAAUAGCAAAGUUAGAUGACUUUUUGGACCUAAAUCACAAAUAUUGGGAAAGGUAUCUCUCAAAGAAGCAAGGACAGUAGUUACAAGUUAAACUGGCAGAUAUUGAAGAUACUUGAGAUCCAAGAACUUCUUGCUUUUAUGCUAGAAAUCAUUAUGAUAGUGCUGGACACUGCAGCAAAUACCAGACUGCUUAUACUUGGUCUUCCAGUUUUUUGUAAAUUUAAUUUUAUAUUUUUUGAAGAUCACAGCAAUAUGCUAAAAAAAUAAAUCCUUUUUCUUCCCUGGUUACUUUUGAGAAAUAUUUUUUCCAUUAUUGAGUACUGAGUUUUUUCCCCAAAACCAUUAAAAAAAGUGGACAACAAGUA